AUGCUCCAGGGAGCCAUCCCAAAAUUCCCGAAUGACGCAGAAGUCCCAGUGUGGUUUGACACGGUGGAAAAUCUGUUCGCGAGAUACGAGGUGCCGGAGGCGGUUAGAGCGCACUUGGUAUACCCGGUCGUGGCGGCUCGCCACGGUUACUUGUGUUCGCGGAUAGAGGGGGACCAGUUCUCGUUCGAACAGAUCAGACAGACGGUGUUGAAGGAGCUGCGGCUCUCGCCCGACGAAUAUCGUAAGAAAUUCGUCUCAACAUCAAGGAGGAAGGACGAGAGCUGGCAGCAGUUCGGCACUCGACUGUCAAGCUAUCUAACGUAUUACGUAGAAGCACGAGGCGUGGACUCCUUCGAGAGGCUGAAGGCGCUGCUAGUCGCGGACCAACUGAAAGCAUCGGUUGGUGCAGACGCCCUUAAGUACAUAACCCUUAAGGAAGGGAAAGAGUGGUUCGAUCGGUCGCAAAUCGCAGACCUCCUCGCGUUGCAUGGUCAAGCCGAGUGCCGCAGCGCCACGCCCGUUCGUCCUGGAGCGGGAGGUGCAGAGAAGGGGGAGAUUGCACGGAAACCAGAAGGUAAGAAGAAUCCCGGGGGCUUUAAGCCUUCAGGGGGCAGGUUUGUUGGCAAGACAUGUUACAGGUGUGGCAGUCCGUCACACCUGGCAGCCGCAUGUCCACAGUCGAGGGAGGAGAGGGCAACCGCUGACGCCAAUGACUCCAAGGUACAAUGCGUGGUAGUCAGCCUAGAAAACAGAGAGACGCUGGCGGCAAAGGUCGAGAGAUCAGGAGAGAGGCGAGGCGUACAGUCGCCGUUACUUCACACACAGGUGAUUUGCGGCGGGCAACCCAUAAAAGCCAUCGUAGACACGGGCAGCGAGAUUACCGUCGUGCGUGAAAGCUUGCUGCUUCCGAGAGACCUCGAACCGAGCGGUUCGAUAACUCUCGUGGCCGCGUUUGGAUCCAAGAUCCAAGCCAAGCUGGUCACUAUUCAUAUGAAGCUCGCACCAAGCGGGGCUAAUACCGUCCCUCCCACGGUGGUUGAAAGGGUUCCGAUCUUGUGUGCCGUGACGGACGAACUCGCGCCCCAUACGGAUUGCCUGCUAUCAGCAGAGGCCUGGGAAGCGUUAAAUCGCACUGAGGCUGAGCGGGAGCAGCUCCCGGGAGUGACCGAACGUAGCGAAGAGUCGCACAUGCACGUGGUAACCCGGGCGAUGGAGGGUGCGGCGCCCAGAGAACUGACGGCGCGACGCGAUCGGGAAACAGCGACGGGGAGCGAGACCGAUCGCCCCGUGUUCGAGCGGGAAGCCCCUUGCUCCAAGGGAGCUAGGAGGGAGGAGCUGUCGGGCGAACAACGGCGCGACCCGACGCUGACAAAACCGUUCGCUGACGCCAAAGUCGGGAAGGGGGGGAUGUUCGUACAAGACGGACUUCUGUGGCACCACGACAAACUUUCCGGGGAAAGUGUAACACAGCUGGUGCUUCCGAGUGGGCGACGCAAAGAGGUGUUGCUGUUGGCCCACGAAUCACCAUGGGGCGGUCACCUUGGAGCUAAGAAGACGAUGGCGCGCAUUAAACACACUUUCUACUGGCCAGCCAUGGAAGCCGAGUGUGUAAACAUGGACGUAAUCGGGCCCCUGGAUCCUCCAUCUGCCAGAGGUCAUAGGUACGCUCUUUGCGUGGUAGACCUGCACACGAGGUGGCCGGAGGUAGUCUGUCUUAGGUCCUUGACUGCUAGGGCAACCUGCGAAGCACUGCUUAGCAUAUUCAGCCGUACUGGUGUGCCGGAGAGAAUAGCGUGCGACCAGGGAACGAACUUUACCGCUAGCUUGACGCAAGAGUUUUUGGCACGAUUGGGGUGCGCCCCCAGGUUUUCGACACCCGAGCACCCUGAAAGUAAUGGAAGCGUCGAGAGGUGGAACAGAAUUUUUAAGAAUAUGCUCCAUCAUGUGAUCAAGGACGAGGGUAGGCAGUGGGACAGGUUCGUUCCCUACUUGCUUUGGGCAUAUCGAGAGGUUCCCCAUGAAACCACGGGAGCGUCACCAUUCCAGUUGUUGUACGGCCGCACUCCGAACGGUCCACUGGCCAUACUCAAGGACGCUUGGACCGGUCAGGUCGAGAUGCCACAGACCCUGCGGGAACAGCCGGCGGCGUACCUUCACGAGCUGCGGAAUAAGCUGGAGAGGGCGGCAAGCGCCGCGCAGCUUACGUCCAUUCAGCGACAGAGGGAUUACGCCUCCUACUAUAACCGAAAGGCCAAGGCAAAGAGCUUUGAGGUAGGGGAUGACGUUCUCCUGUUUGAUACCAAUAUGCAAGGGAAAAUGCUCUCCAAGUGGAGCGGGCCACACACUGUAGUGGCCAAAUAUCACGAUCACUCGUACGUGAUAGAGACCGAACAGGGCAGGAGGCGCACGGUGCACGCCAAUAUGCUUAGACGGUACCACGCGAGGGUGGGGCAGGUCGGAGUGAUCUUUCACGAAGAUGAUGAUUUCGGACAGGUCGGCUAUACGCCACAAAGGCCGUCUCCGGGUUCUCCCGACACCGCGGUAUUCCCUGAGGAGGCACUGACCCACCUGAUCGAACCCAAGAGGGCUCAGAUGCGGGAGCUGUUGUCCGAGUUCGGUCAGCUAUUCGUCGAGCGGCCCCGAGUGGCUGAUGUGGGCGAACACCGAAUCAUUUUGAGGGAGGAUUGUUUUUGGAAGAGCCCGCACCGUUAUCGAAUUCCCGAGGUAUUGAAAGGUGAGGUGACCAGGCAGGUGGGCGAGCUCCUCGAGCUGGGAUUGAUAUAUCCCGCCGAGAGUGAGUUCGCGCACCCUGUUGUCUGCGUGGCCAAGAAAGACGGCGGCAUGCGGAUGUGCAUCGAUUACCGGAGCCUCAAUGAGGUCACUCGUGACGAUGCCUUCCCGAUGUCGCUGCCGCAAGAGCUAAUCCUGAGGCGGCCCAUCACCAAGAAAGAGGUAAGGAGCGUGCUCGGCCUUUGUGGCUACUAUCGAGAGUACGUCCCCGGCUACGCGGAGCUGGUCCUACCCCUCACCGAGUUGACCGCCAAGCGGGUACCGAACACAGUGCCGUGGGGAGACCGAGCCGAGCGCGCCUUCGAGGGACUGAAAGCAGCUUUCAUGAACGCCACGGCUCUCACGACGCCGGACCCCGGUCGGCCAUACUGGUUGUUUACUGACGCGUCGGACUUCGCGGUCGGGGCUUGUCUCGCGCAGGUGUCGGAUGGGGGGAGGGAGGGGCCUGUCGCUUUCGCCAGCCACAAAUUCUCUCCCACUCAGUCGAGCUGGGCGACAGUUGAGAAAGAGGCCUUCGCCGUCAUAUGGGCGUUGCAAAAAUUCGACAACUGGCUGUUUGGGGCCCAAGUUAACGUGGUGUCAGACCAUAACCCGCUCGCCUACUUGACCGCCAGCACUCCGAAGAGCGCCAAGUUGAUUCGGUGGUCACUGGCGCUGCAGCGCUACAGCGUGACGCAAGGAGUGCAGUAUGAAGAGAGUGUGGCUUUAUUUCUGACGUACGCGUGCAUUAUUUUCGAGUUACUGUGUAUACUUUUCUUGGUUGUUAUUGGCUACGCCGCCAUCCUAUUGUAG